CUUUUAAUUGCAUGGCAUGGCUCUUAUGCACGCGCUAUAUCCGACCAGCCCUAGGACUACAUGCGACUCGCACUGGUGGACAGUUGAUGAAGAAAAAAAAAAGGUUCUUGCUGCUAAGUUUUUCUGGCGUUGAUUGAUGGAACAUGAUGUAAUCUACUGCCUGGACUGGAAAGUCUGAUGUAGGUUUCCGAGUAUGUCGUAGGUAUAUGUUUCGACUUUGCGACACGGUCAAUAGUAUAAACGUAGAUCCUCUGCAGGAUGUGUUGACUUCGCAUCAACCUCCGACCUAUGGAGAUACGUGAGGUAUUCAGAAAAGCAAUGGUACUACAGCCGGCUGACUGUAUGUUUUGCGUGUUGACUGGCACAAGGUGAGGUUGGCAAUCGUCACUUGAUAGGACCUGCUAGGGACCAGAGAGGGUAGCGAAAGGCAUCGACAAUGCCGAUUAUGAAACAUAGGAGGUGAUUAGCUGGCUCAAUCGCCUAGAGUCUACCCUUGAAAGCCUGUAGCUGUGAUCUAUUGCAUGAUUCUUGGAUGUGUCAAGUCGAACAGAGGAAGUGGUGGGGAUAAGUGUUUUGGCAACCCCACGUACCUGUCUCACCAGGCCGGACCCAAGGUCGGCAUAUUAAUCAAUUUCCCCGUAUAUGAACGGGUUCAAGAACCUCCCCCGUAUACGUACUGCGGUGACCACCGGAGUAGACGUGUCGAACUCUAUGAGGACGCGUUCAUCAAGCCAGUCUCUAUCGUCAAUUGUACCCCGAACUGGCUCGUUGACACCUGGAGAACAAUUCAAUCAAGUUACUGCCAGUUAGAUUCACAAUUCUCAAACAACAUUGUACGUAGUGGCAGCACACAGCGGAGGUCUCCGGUCAGCACCGAUCGACACCAUCCCCCCCGCACCGCUCAUCUUCCGCCGAUGCGGGAGAACGCCGCCCGAAGCUACUCGGAAAUUUGGACCGCCCCAGGCUGGUCUACUGCUCGGAAGUAUUUUGCCCGUCGGCUGUCGCGGGGGUUGUCCGUACGGUGGAUUGGAGGCUAGGGGAUUUCCGAGAGCCGGUGCAGCAUGUUGUGAAACGCGCACGGACGCGUGGUUCCGGAAUUCUUGUGCUGUGAAGCGCGUUAGGUAAUGGGGAGCGAGUUAUCCUUUUUUCGUUGGUUUAUAUAAGGUCGUUCGUGUGAGGUCACGGUAAGACACACUUUUGUGGCAUGGUUCGUGAGGGAUCGUCUGACGAUUGUGCGAUCGUAGGUCUUGGUCACGGUUGCACGCCUG